CUUCGCCGCGCACACCGGCGGAAGCCGCAGUGAGCGCGGCCGCCCGCGCCCCCUCCUCGCCGGUAGCGCCCGAGCCCCGCGUGUCCCUGCUCCCGCAUUCCCCCGCAUUCCCGCCACCCCGCGCGGAAAGGAUGGCGGGGGUGGGCGCGGCCCUGCUGGCGGGGCUGCUGGGGAGGCUGGCGCUGGUGUUGUACGGGCUGCACCAGGACCGCGCCAUGCGGGUGCGAUACACCGACGUCGACUACCGGGUGUUCACGGACGCGGCGCGGCUGGUGACCGAAGGGCGCUCGCCCUACCGGCGGGCCACGUACCGCUACACGCCGCUCCUGGCCUGGCUCCUGACGCCCAACGUGUUCCUCGCCGAGGCCUUCGGGAAGCUGCUCUUCGUGGCCGGGGACUUGGCGGUUGCCGUCGUGGCCUACCGGGCCCUGCGGCUCCGGGGGACCCCCGCCGGCCGCGCCUGUGGCUGCUGCGCCGCCGCCUGGCUCCUCAACCCCCUGCCCAUGGCCGUGUCCAGCCGGGGCAACGCGGAGGCGCUGGUGGCGCUGCUGGUGCUCGCCACCCUGUACUGGGUGGAGGCGGGCAGCGUGGGCAAGGCCGCCGUGUGCUACGGGCUGGCCGUGCACAUGAAAAUCUAUCCCCUGAGCUACGCGCUGCCCAUAGCGCUCCGCCUGAGCACCGGGCCGGGCCGCGGGCAAGGGGCGCUACUGCGUGCGCGGGGUGACCAGACGGCGAAGGUCACGGUUAUGGCGCGCCUCUGGCACCUCUUUGGAAAGCUGCCGAACCGCGACGUGCUACUCUUUGGAACAGUUGCCGGAUCAGUGCUGGCUGCCUUGACUGUGGCAUUUUAUCGUCUCUACGGCUGGGAGUUUUUGGAGCAUGCCUACCUCUAUCACCUGACUAGGAGGGAUAUCCGUCAUAACUUCUCUCCCUAUUUCUACAUGUUGUACUUGACAGCAGAGAGCAAAUGGAGUUUUGCCCUUGGGCUCGCAGCUUUCCUGCCCCAGCUGCUUUUGCUCGUGGUGGUGUCCAUAGCGUUCUACAGAGACCUCGCCUUCAGUUGUUUCUUACACACCGCUAUUUUUGUGACUUUUAACAAAGUAUGCACAUCCCAGUACUUUGUCUGGUAUCUCUGCCUUUUGCCCCUCGUAAUGCCUAGCAUUAAGAUGUCCUGGCGUCGGGGCAUGCUGCUUCUUUUUCUGUGGUUCAUCGGACAAGGACUGUGGCUUACUCCUGCAUACUUUUUGGAGUUCAAAGGAUAUAACACUUUCUUAUUUAUAUGGUUGGCAGGCUUGCUUUUUCUUUUAAUUAAUAGCCUCAUAAUUGUUCAGAUUAUUUCACAUUAUCAAAAAGAAGCACAAGUGGCAAAAAAACUGAAACAACGGCAGAGUUGGACAUACCCAGCUUCAGCAGAAUACUAAAGAGGCUCUUCUGCAUAAUACUUCUGCUCACCCCGACCUGAUGUCCAGGCAAUGGCUCAUUUUCCUGUGCAGCUGAUCCUCCAUUAUCUGCUGCACAUUUUUCUGUUGCAAAAAACGUGUUUUCUUCGCCCAGGGUAAUGUUCUGUACCACUUUAACAGACCUACUUAUGCUGUUUGCAGACAUUCCCACACCUCUAUUUUUCCCUUCCUGUUGGCAAAGAAAGCAAAUGCAAGCCAAAAAGCAUUUCUAACCUCAAAACCUUCUACAAAAAACAGCAUUUUUAAGUUACUGUAUUCAUGACAGAAUUGUAAUUUUUUUUAGGUAAGAAGUAAUUUCCUUAUGAAAAAUACAUUCCUAACUUGUUAAUAGCUAAAUCAUUUUGAAAAGGCAAAUUUUGCAGCAAUUCUGCAUCAUUUUUCAGAAUACAAAUUCUGAAGCAGCAACAGGAACUGAAGGGUACCUUCCCUUUACAGGUCAGUACCAGUCCUGCAGUGAUGAUUUGAGAAAACCAUGCAUAAGAAAGUUAUAAAAAGGCUAGUCAUCAUUUUAAUAAUCCAGGAUGAGCCCCUCUUUUUACAGUUGUUUUUUAAAUCACACAAAUGCAUUUGCAAUUCAGCAUUCAAGUGACUCAUAAAAGCUGAAUAAGAGAAAUAAACUGAAGGAGACAAACAAAAAGAUAUUUGAGAGUUUAGGUCUUGCAAAUUGCUUUUAAAAAAAUGAUUCCAUAUUUAAAUGGAAUUGAGUAACUUCAUUCAUUUAAAAAAAGCAUUAAAAUAAUUUAAUGGAUUACCAAAUAAGUUAUAGUUCUUGUACAAGUUAUAGUGAAUAGUUAUAAUGUCCUUAAAAUGUACCAAAUUCAUUUCCUUUGGAACAUUUAUUGCUUUUGAUGCUGUUCACAUUAUUUUGCUUAAUAACUUUGAGUCCAUUUAUCCUCUGGCAAUUAGGAGCUGAAGUGUCUGAAUGUUAGUGUUCCUUCUUUACCAUGGAUUGUGGAAUUGUAAUGCUGAAUACUUUGCUUUUAAAAGGUUGAAAUGCCCAUUGAAAUAUGUCUCACAUGCACAAAUUUUUCACACUGCACUGAAACCAGCCCUUAAGCAGAAAGAACAAGAGGUGAAAGGGAAAGGGAAAAGAAGAAUCAAGAAAAGUAACAUUUCUGCCUUAAUUUUUACACUGUAGCCUAUUGUCCAAAGACUCGUGACUGGAUUCUCAAGUGACUUCAAGCAAAGAUCAGCAUUUAACAAUGAUUUGCUUUAAAGUUUAUAAAUGCAAUUAUUAAAAAAGCAGGGUAAGCAAAAAUAUAAUAAUAAAUAUUUCAUUCAGUUUUAUUACGAGGAUGCUGAAUUACUAUCUGUGACAAAAUGUACUUCUUCCUUAUUAAGGAACUUCUUUGUGUGUGUGUCACUUGCAUUGUAUUGACUCCUGCAAUAGUAAAGAAAUCAAGCAGGUGUGCUAAACUGAGCUCAUCAGUUAUGAGUUAUGAUGGUUUCCUUUUCAAAUAAACCAUGAGAUUUUUACAUGUAACAGCAAGGGGAAACUCCAACAUUUUUCGUAAUGUUGUAUAGAGAAAGUAAAUGUUAAAAGAGAGUAAAUUAUGAGCAAAUGGUUUGCUUUUUUUAUCUUAAGAAGAAUGAGUCAUCUACUUCAAAAGGGCUGCAAAAAUACACAGCGAACACAGGGAACCUCAAAAUAUAUGAGGUAUUCCUCAUAUAUUUGCCAAAGACAGCUGCAGAAUGCAUGUCCUAGUGGUAGCAGCUUUAUGGAAUAGGAUUACCCUGAAUUUAGGACAAACCCUUUACUCAGACUGAAAUCAAACCACUCAAGCUAUUUUCUUGCUUAAGAGCAUAUUUAUGUGCACUAUACUUACAAGCCCAAGCAUUUGCCUGCAGAAUACAGGUAAAGAAUACAGAAUCAGGAAUACAGAAUGAAAAAGAAAAUCCCAGUCAAUACACCUUUGAAUAACAUUUUUCAGAGCUACCCUCUGUAAAACAGGUUCCUUAGGUAUUUCUUAUAUUUAGCACUAAGAAUCUCUAGUGACUCUAAAAAUGAAUUACAUAAAUUUUGUUGCAUAAUGAAAUAAAAUAAUAUGCUGUAGGGAUCUUGUGGUGUAAUAGACAUAAUAAAUAACCAGCUAAUUAUGUAUUUCAAGGUGCACAUUCCCCUGGUAGAUGCUCUUUAUUAUAAAAAUUUGCACUAGUCACAUAUGUGUAGGAUUAUUGUUUCAGUCUUUAUGCAUGAUGAAUGAGGUCAGAGAGCUACAUUUUGUACUAGUGAAAGUAUGAGAAAUAUAAAAAUGUCUAUUUAUGCAGUACCAUUGUUUUGAGGCUUUUUUCAGAUGAUAUUUCUUUUAAGACAUUAAUAAAUUGAUGCAAUGAAUUCAUGCAACUGUUACAUGCAUUUUUAACAGCUGGAACAGUCUCUUUUUCUUUAGUAUGGUGAAGAAGACCAAAAUUCGUCAUUUUUUAAUGGUGUAAGUUGAUAGUACUUUGAGCAGAAUUCCUCAUGAGCCCUUUCUGGUAUAUGCUGAGAAGGGUAGGGUCUUCUGCAGAAGAGGUUCCUUGUUGGGCUGCAGUCUUACUUAAUGUGUAGAUAAAGCUUUAGCUGCGGUCUCAUAUUAGUCUUAGAGCUUAACUUUCAGAUGUUAAUGAUCUCUUCAGAUAAAACAUUUCAUAGCUUGCACAUAAGGAAAUUACACAUAAGAGUUCCUCCCUACUUUUCAUGGAAAUUGGUGGGGAAGCCAGCUAGAACAUCUGUGGGAGAAAUGUCAAAAGGAAAUGCCUGCAUCUUAUUAUCUGCAAAGACAACUUCAACCUUGGAAAUCAGCUGAAAUGCAGGCAAAUUGAGCAGUAAGCCCAUACUGUGAAAUUCACAUUAUUUAUAUGAAGGAUAUUGGAUCAAAAGUGCUUUCCCAUUUUACAGGAGGAAAAUGGGAUCUUGAUAGCUAUUGUCCAGGUGGAUGAAUGUAACUCUCCUUCCUUCACAUUAUCAUAAGAGGGUCUAUAGAAUGUUAUGUGCUGCAGUAGCACUUGUGCAGUUGUACAGGUGUGACUCACAUAAGCUGUUUGGCAAUACUGUUGGUGUAGCAAGCAGUUAUUAGUAAGCAGUUACUCUGAAACUGCUUUUCAAAGGUUAACUCAAGUUAAAAUCUGAUUCCUGCUUCACAAGUCAGCAGCUGUGUUAAUUGAGAUGGUACUGUUUUGACAGUAAUUUUCCGAGGAGAACUGCACUCUGUGGCCCAUAUGCUUCCACUCUGUGCAAAAGAACAUUAAUUCAAAUCCCCUGGUGAUCUGACACUCAAAGCUUUUUUAAUCUAUCCCAUGUCCCUCCUACUGAUCCAAUAGAUUGAAUUAGCCAGGAAGCUGGUUAGAAAACGAAGUGGAAAACAAAAUAUGAUUAUCCUCCCCUUAUUUUCCACCCUGGAUAGUGUGCAUAUAUUGAAUAAUUAUGAUUACAUUUUGGAAGAACAGAGUCCCAUUUGAGAUAGGUGUUAGAGUACUUUGUUAAUACGAAGUAUUUUACCCAAAUGCACCCAAGAGAAAAUUGACUCUUUGGGCUACGUGGACUUCUGUCAAAUGAUA